GGAGUAGUCCCCGCCCUGCAGAGAAACCGCCAUCAUGAAAUUAAAAACAAAACCCUGACAGAUGAGACCGAGCAGCAGCAGCAGCAGAAACAGGUAAACUUUGGGGAGCGCCUUCACUAACCUCACAUUUUCAAAGUUUGUGAGCACGGUGACUGCUUCUGGUGAGUCUACUGCUCCACUUUUCAGGGUUACCAAUGAUUCGUAUCGUUAAUUCUCCCUGAUUUCCGUUCAGUUGUGAGUCUUAUGAAGGCUAACAUCAGCGUUAGCAUGUUGCUGCUAGCUGUUUGAAUCGUCUGUUAGUGAAUCUUAACUGUCGUCUGCUUUUUUAAGAUAAGCAACUAAAUACAUCGAAACGGAUGACCAACGAAUAGAUCUAAUGUUGUCAGGGGAGGGAAAUUUAAACUGGUUUAUCCCGGAGCCUGAUGGUGGCUAACAGCUAACACUGAUGUAAAGUUCCAGCGCGCCAACCUGCGGCGGCGCUGACAGUAAAGAAGCACAAAAACAUCCUCAGUGUGAGCUCCAGGAGCAACAAACUGACCACAAAUAUCAGCCGAUUGUUUAACAAGGGGUCUGGGGAUUGUAUUAUAAAAGGACUUUCGAAAAAAAUCCAUAAUGUGCAAAUCUUCUGUGUGUAAUGACAUGAAAAUGUGAUAUCAACUGUCAGAUCCAGCUGUGUUUAUGCGCAGCUUACAGAACCUCAUUGAAAAUUCUGCUGAUUUUACAGUUUUACGCUCACACACGAUAAAACCCGCUGUUAAAAUAUCCAGUUUGAAGUUUUUACCUAAAAUAAUAAUUCAAUUUUAAGUUUGGCUUAUUUUUUAAGCCAUUAAAGACUGGAUAUGUUUAUGUACAUUGCAUACACAAAAAAAGUAUAAAAGAUAAAAUUGUUUCGAAACUAGUGGUGGUCAAAGUUUUCCCAGUCUAGAUAAUCUCGGUCAAAUAUUACUCUAAGUGAAGGAUGUACUGUUGAAUUAUUUCUUGUGUUAGUGGUUGACUUGUUUGUUUUCUAAUAGCCAUGCAGAUAAAUAAGAACAGACUGGAUGAGCAGGUCACCCUCAGACUUGUUUUCUGUCGUCUAUGAUUACCAGACCAGUCUUACAGAACUCCUCUGCUGACGACACAUUUAUUCCUCAUCUGUUAGGGUUGAUUGAUUCCUCUGCAGACUCAGGCGGCUGAAUUAUGAGCGAGGUGGUGGAGGAAGCCAUGGACAGCUCUGCAGUGUCCGAGGAAGAAGUGGAAGACCAACAGGAGACGUCGCAGGAAGAGAAGUCGAGUCCGAAAAACUACUCCAAAAUAUCCGGUAAAAGAAAGAAAUGUUCACUCUUCUUUCUCUGACAGAACUGACAGCUCUCAGACCUCCUCUGCAGAGAAAUGAUCCCUGUUUAUGACAGCAGUGAUCAAAGCCAUGCUGUUCUCAGCUGUCAAACCUUCGUAAUUACAGGUUAUUAACGUACGUUCUUGGUUUUGUUUAGAACUCCUGAGUCUUCCUGCAGAGAUAACACGGACGUUUGUCUGUGUUCUGCUCUCUAAAAACUGAGGAGCAGGUUUUUGUUUGGUGUUGACAAAAAGAAUCCCUGUCAAGUUGAUUAUUUCUCAUAAUUUUUCACUCGGUCGUUGCAGCCGUGGGUGAAAUCGUCGAAGGCAAAAGAGCAAAGAAGACGGUCGAGAGGCUCGAUUUCCAGGCGCCGAAACAAAAAGAGAAGCUCAAGAUUGGAGACGGUAAAUUCACCCGCUGAGAGAGACUGGAUUAGUUUUUGUUUUAUGAUGAUUAUUGUUAUUCUUUUAAUAUCCGCUCAGAUCAUAAGUUGUGUUUUUUUUUUUUUCACACGUUUUCAGGCUCUGGAGAUAAAUUAGGAGACAUCCCACGAACAGGCUACCAGAUCACCAAGAUGAAACCAGCUGACCUGAAACCUCUGCACACCAUCCUGUUCGACAGACCGGGGAAGGUACAGACAUGGACAGUGGACUCAAAUCUGAUUAUUGUUAGAGAAGUGAUGGUGAAGUUCAGACUUUAGGGGAAUGAACCUGCAGAGGAGAGAGAGACAGAGAGAGAGAGAGAGAGAGAGAGAGAGAGAGAGAGAGAGAGAGAGAGAGAGAGGAGAGAGAGAGAGAGAGAGAGAGAGAGAGAGAGAGAGAGAGAGAGAGAGAGAGAGAGAGAGAGAGAGAGAGAGAGAGAGAGGAGAGAGAGAGAGAGAGAGGAGAGAGAGAGAAGAGAGAGACAGAGGAGAGAGAGAGAGAGAGAGAGAGAGAGAGAGGAGAGAGAGAGAGAGAGAGAGGAGAGAGAGAGAGAGCGAGAGACCCUCUCAGACUGAAGUGUACAGGGAGAUGAUUCUGUGUGUUCGUUCGGUUUGAUCAUGUUUUUCAUGUUUAUUUGUUUGUUUGUCAGAUGGCCACGAUAAAGAAGAACCUCCGCCUCUUUAACGGGUUUCCUUUCGACGCCGACAGCGAACAGUACUCCAAAAAGAGAGAAAAACUUCUCAAGUGAGUUUCUCAGUCGACGAACAUCCUGAACAGACCUUCAUGUUUGGUUAAUGUUAGUCAAACAUUUACGAACUUCUGAACAUUUUCUUUGUGUUUUUGAUGCAGAAAUUCAAAUUUUACAAACUCCAAACUGAAGGUGGUCUGUGGGGUUCUGGAUUUGGAGAAGAAAGGGACCCACUCAGAUCUGGUGGACAGGAUCAUGACUUUCCUCUGCGCUCCGAAAAACAGCGGAAAGGUGAGCAGAGAGUUGGGUGUGUCCGAGUCUUUCUCUUAAACCGGAUCAGUUUUUGUCUCUGAAAUCAGUGAAACUUUCGAGUUUGUGGACGUCAGAUAUUUCUGUUUCUGUGUCAGGAGGAUAAAACAUCUGAGACUAGUUCACUCAGAUCCUCACUUUUCAAAUGUGGUCUCAUCAAAAAUCCUUCUUCAUAGUUUUUAUAUCUCUGACUGAAACAGCUGUGGACCUUCAGCUCUGAAGUUCAGUCUGUGAUUCUGUCCGAGGAGCUUCUCCUCCGUUUGAACUGACCUUCUCUCUGUCGUUCUUCAGCGUCUGCCCGUGAAGAAGAAGAGGAAAUCCAAGAAAAAACUCUCCGGUGACGACUCCAAGACCAGCUCUAAGAAGAAGAGCAAACCCAAACCCAAGAGCUCUUCGUCCAGUCCCAAGAAGUCCAAAACCGGCAGCAAGUCCAAAGCCAUCGUCAUGGACUCCAGCAGUGAUGAAGAUGACGAUGAGGAGGAUGAGAAGGCGGGCGCUUCAGCUGAGGCCGAGGGAUCGGACACGGAGGACAAACCUUCAGAGAAAGAGGAGGACCAGUCAGACAAGUCCGAGGAGUCUGCAGACGAAGAAGAAGAAGAAGAAGAGGAGGAGGAGGAGGAGGAGGAUGAAGAUGAGGAGGAUGAAGAUGAGGUGAGAUUGUUCAGACUCAGUAAAGACUAGAGGAACAUUUUAGACCUCGAAUGAAACCAAACAAAGACCCUCACAGCUGCAGAGCUUCUUUAGUCCGACUCUCUGAUCUGUGGAACAGCUUCUGAACCAGCAGGCUGAUUAAUGGAUGUCAGAGUCAGACUUCCAUCGUUAAAUUCCGGUGGUUUGUGGGUAAAACGGUCGUCAUGGUUUCUCUGUUUCAGUCCUUCAAACCAAAGUCGGCUAAAGGGAAAUCCGCUCCAAAGAAAUCUGCUCCAGUGAAGAGACAGAGGACGCCAGCCAAGAAGACGGGUCCUCCCAAAAAAAGAGCCAAGAAGGACCUUUCAGACGAGCCCGAGUCCGAGGCCGACAGUGAAGCUGAGGAGAAGGUAAAGACGGUUCUGAUGGACCAGAACCAGAUCAGGGAUCUCAGGUUUUCUUUCUUUAAUCUAAAACAGUGACUGGAGAGAGAAACUGACGUCUGUCUUUAUUCUACAGCCUAAAAAGAAGAAGACCAAGUCGGCUCCGGCCAAACCUGCAGCUAAAACCAAGAAAGCCGACAGCAGCAGCAACAGCAAAAACAACACCAACACGGGUGAGCGGCGCCGACUCUGAGAGCGACCAGCCGCACUCAGACUCUGAUCGUUCAUCUCUAAAUGGAAACCUGGAUCUGUGUUCGACUUCGUGACCUUGUUUGUAUGUUUUUGUUCGACCACCGUGAUGACUUUUACUUCCUGUCUGCGCCCGCAGCAGAGGACAGUUCAGACGACGACGAGCCGCUCAUCAAGAUGAUCAAGAAAGCGCCGACGGACGAGCAGCUGAAGGAGACGGUUCAGAGUCUGCUGAAGGAGGCCAACCUGGAGGAGAUGACCAUGAAGCAGAUCUGUCAGAGGGUGAGCGGCGGCGGCGUCUUCCUGCUCAGUCCCGCCCCGGCAGACUCAGACAGGAAACAGGUUUGAAUUCUGCGCGAUAGUGACUCAGAAAAACCUUCUGCUGUUUCAGGUUUUCGACACUUACCCCGACCACGACCUGACCGCCAAGAAGGACUACAUCAAACAGACGGUCAAAUCUGUGAGUACACGCACACACACACACACACACGCACACAUGCACACACACACGCACACACACACACUGCUGCCAUGUGAUUGGCUGAUGAGCUUCUUGCGUGAACAAGCAUCUGAACAGGUGGAACAGGAGGAUGGAGACCUUCUCUGCCUCGUCCACCAGGGGGCAGUCAGGUCCCUUCAUACCAGCUCUGUUGGGCGGGUCGGCAUGAAGCCCGAGAGGAAGAGGGGGGGGGGGUUCAGAGCCGAGUCCUGAGUAGAAAAUCUGUUUCUGCUCUAAAGACCUCCUCCAAACCAAAGACCACAUCCACCCGGGUCCAAACCCAACCGGUCUGCAGGGCCGUCCGGUUCGACACCAGGACUGAACACACAGUCCGCUCUGAGUUUUUCUGCUCGUAGGUUUUUGAGGAAGUCUCACAUCAGAUAGUGACCCUGCUGACCCAGGAUGUCCGACUUCCUCUUUUAUGGUCACAGCUCGAUGUAAACAACCCGCCGUGUUCCUUCUGCUGUCUCACUGAGUCUGAUCUGAGUCUGAUCUUCAGUGAACAUUCAUCAGCUUCUGAUUCUCCAACCUUCACACCCCAAAAUAAAGAACGUUCACACCUUUUCUCACAGACUAACUUCAAACCGUCUCACUGACAGACGGUCAGUCGACGUCUGUAAGCCUCUGUAGUCUGUCGGCCCGCUCUGGUGCUGUUUGAGACACAGAGCAGAUCAUGAGUUAUAUUUGGACCCAGAUAAACCCAAGAGCGGGUUCUGGUGUUCCUGUGUGGCUUGGCGGUCAGCGCUCUGCCUCUGCAGAGAGGGUCUGUGGUUUUCAUCACUGUGGUCUUCUAAAGUCAGAUCUUUAAAACUUCAUCAGGUCCUUAAAUUAUUAGAAAAAACAGAAAAGUCUUUUCUGAAAAUCGUAGUAUCAACCCUCACAUGGAGCCGCAGAUUUAGGAGUCAGGAAGUUGAGGACAAAUUGUCACACAGAUGUCAGCUGCUUUAUCAAAACAAAGAAAACUCAAUAUCAACAUUUCCUGUUUAUUUUAGCGGCUGAUCUCAGACAGUAAAAGUCCCUCUUCUAUUGAGGUCAGUGCAGACUUCUGACUCUUCAACAAUGUUAUAGUUUCAUAUAAGUUUGAAUCCGUUUUUACUUUUGGAAAAUGUGUGUUUGUUUUUUGAUUUGUAGGGAGAGACACUGAAGUACAACCAUCCACAGAGGAUUAGAGACACAGAGUGGACCCAAGACCUCAGAAUCAUAGUAGAUGAUAAUCUGACUUUAUGAACGGCUUUAUUCUGAUUUUUCAUCAUGUUUAAGAUACAGUUUCAGAUUGUUGUCGUCUGUAUUUUCAAAUUCAUUUUAGAAAAUAUUGUUUCAAACUUUUUGUCUAAACUUAAGCAGACAUUUGUACCUUAAGACUGAUGUCCUCACCUCCAGGCCAGCUGCUGUCCCUAAUGUUACAAGAAUUUUGACAAAGACAUUUAUUUGUCAAUAUUUCAACACACUCCAUCAUUUAGCUGGGGACAAGAAAGUUAGUGGAGCCAAGACCCGCUUUACGUUGCUUCUGAUUGGUUUAUGUUGCGUGGUGCCUUCCAUGGUUGGUUAGAUUUAGACACAGAGAGAAUGGAUCGGUUAUCUUGGUCAGUCAGUCCGAGUUCCUCGAACACGGCAAGCCAAGUUUAUUAUCAUGAAAAAGCAAAUAGAGUAUUGAAUGGGGAAAUAUAAGCGUGAGAAAUGUCAGGUGUGGCGUGAGAACGGGUCAAACUGCGUGACUGUCACACUCACAGCGUGACGCUUGGCAGCUCUGCUCUUGUUAUACGGGAUUUUUUCUUAUUCCCCUUCAAACAAAUGUUGAUGAGCUGCGAGUUUAAUAGCAAGUACUUGCAAGUUAUACAUCAAAAUUUGAGGUUUGAAUGGGGUUGGUGCUUUUACUUUUCUGUAAUAAAUAUGGUUUGGGAAUUUCUCCUCGUGGGACUAAUAAAGGGGUCUCUCUUAUCUUAUUUUUUAAGUCUUGAGAAGCUAUAGAAAAAUUUUCCCUCGAACGCCCCUCCAAAAAAAAAGGCGUAAUUCUCUGAGUUCUCAAACGUCUCCUGCUCCAGCAAACUUUCAGCUACAGACUCCAUUUAAACUUUAAAUCAUAGACACACGUCUUGUUUGUUGGUGUUAAAGGUGUUGUAGUUUUUGAUCACUUAAUAUUCACUGACUGUGAUCACUGAUGGAGGAAUUUAGAGGUUUGAAUGGGUGUGUAUUGUUCAGAAUGUUCAUGUGUCAGAGUGGGUGACAUCAUCGUCUAGAAUGAGAGAAGAUCAAUGAAACUGUCAUUGAUGUUUAACGAUCAUUGAUCUAAGCAGUGAUGUCACAAAGGGCUGGAUGUUCUUUAGAAUGUUUCCUCUCACACUAACUGUCCCUAACCCGGAGUAAAACACCAUUCAGAAUAAUUACACCGAUUUUUGGAAAUGCACAUUUUUUCUAUUUUUGAAAACAGUUUUUUAGAAAAAUUAACAAAGUCUGGAAACAUAAAUAUUUUUCUGUACGUUAUUUUUCAUUUUCCAUGAUUUCUAAGACCUGGAAAUUGACCAGAUUUAUUUCCAUACUUGAAGGAACCCUGUGAUCAAAGUUUGUCUGCACACCAAUAAUACUCAGUUUAACUGUUAUUUAAUCGUCUGACUCUGUUUUUUGAAUGUGUCUCUACAGCUCAUCACAUGAACCCUGAAGAUCGAAGAACCUUCAGAACUUCACGUCAGAAACUUUGAUUUUUUGUUAGUUUCAUAUCAGUUUGUUUUCAUACAGCAGUUUUAUACAUGGUUGUGUUUUUUAUUCAUGUGUAUAGACUUUCAGAUUAACAGUCAUGAUCACCCAUCUAUCAGGAAAAAUGAGCUGAGAGUGAACCGCCUUUUUAUUUCUAACGUUUGUACAUAUGUUUCUAAUGAGGUGAUAUUUUUGAUCAACAGUCUGUCAGAAAGUUGUUGGUUUUUUUUCUAGUUUUUGUUUUCUGUCAGACUUUGAUUUACAGCCUAAAACCCUCAGAUUAAUCCUGCUUUACUGAUUAAAACUGAACCUUUUUCAGCAAA